AAGGAAAGUUUGGCGGCAGGCCAGAGCACCAGGGAGCUAUCCGCUGUGAUCGAGAGAGCUCACGACUGACGCUGGAGCCUCAUCAUCAGCCAUCAAUCACCGCUUUAACGUCCACCAAGAUACCCCGAGCGACGACGUGCAAGCUUGACUCCUCAGCUAUAUCCAUCGCCAUUUCAUCAGUGAUUUGACAUCACCUUAACACCCUGAGCUUCUCCGACCAAACAACAACCCAGCCGCCAAGAUGGAGGUUCUACUUGGUAUCACUGGAAAGGACUUCACCAUCAUCGCCGCCUCCAAAGCGGCCAUGAGAGGCGCCACCAUCCUGAAGGCAUCCGACGACAAGACCCGCGCGCUCAACCAGCACACAUUGAUGGCCUUUUCCGGCGAGGCAGGAGAUACCAUCCAAUUCGCGGAAUACAUCCAAGCAAACGCCCAGCUGUACUCGAUGCGCAACCAGAUCGACCUCUCGCCAUCCGCCAUUGCGAACUUCGUCCGCGGACAACUGGCAUCCAGCUUACGGUCGAGGAAGCCGUAUAAUGUCAACCUCCUGCUUGGAGGCGUGGAUCCCAUCACCGGGAAGCCGAGCUUGUACUGGCUGGACUACCUAGCAUCGUUGGCUCAAUUACCAUAUGCCGCCCACGGCUACGCACAGUACGUUUAUGGCUCCAGCUUAAUGGCAGAAUUGAUAGGAUAUUUAUGGAUGCUAACGGAUACGCUCUACAGAUACUACUGCCUCUCCAUCCUUGAUAAGCACCACCACCCCGACAUUGACUUUGAGCAAGGAAUGAAGAUCCUACGACUGUGCACGGAUGAGCUGAAGAGGAGAUUGCCGGUGGACUUCAAGGGGAUGUUGGUGAAGGUUAUCACGAAGGAUGGGAUCAGGGAGGAGGAGUAUGAUGAUGAUGCGGUGGUGAAGAGCGCCUGAUGGGUGCCUGAGAGAGCGUGUCUUGUUUCUAUGGUGUUCUAGAGCAUAGCAUUCGGGGUUGAAUGCAAGGUGUAUUAUGAUUCGAGUGGUGGUGGUUCUACUGCUUGACUGUGUGUGAUGUGGUUCAGUCUUGUCUGUCUGGUCUGGCACUGUUAUUGUUCUGUUAUGGUCCUGUUCUGGGUGCAUAUGAACAGCCUCACAUGGAAAGGCAUAUUGGUCACGUGAACCUGUCAGUGCCAGGGCUGAUUAUAGGAUACGCAUUUCCUUUGGUCGUAAGGCAUAACGUGGCGAAUAGUUCGGAACCAAAGACAGACGGCUCACUCACAAUAUGCGUAUUCUUCUGCAUGUACCUCGUUUAUAAAGUACGGGACAUAGUACAGAAAAUAUUGUGCACAGUUUGUUGGUAGCGGUGGUAGCGGUAGAAGCGGUAGAAGCGGUAGAAGAAAGUGGUCUGGAGAGCGUUAAGCGUCAAGUACAUCAGUGCUACAUGCAUAUGUAUGGUUCGCCUCAAGGGGCAUCCGAGCACGUGACUAACUUCUCUCCCAGCCAAACAAGGCUGCCAGACUCCAACUACAGGGGGCGAAUAUCCCCAUAGUUGGGAGCGUUGGAGUACUCUAUUGGAAAGUUAUUAGGUGGGGAAAGGGGCAAAAAAGAAGGGGCAUAAAGGAGUUAAUAAGAGUGUUCAUAUACGGGUCUAUGUCUAUUAAUAUUAGAACUAUAUAACCG